UCUCUUAAGUAAAAUUUUUAAAAUACCAAUAGACAGAUACUCAGUUGUUAAUCCUUUUCACUUCUGUAUCUCAGAUUAUUAGGAAUUUUAUUAUUUCUUUGUUUAUAAAGAUUUCUUUACGGUGCAGGCUGAUGUUUGAUAACUGUUUAUUGUGUUUGCUGCAGUUAUCAAAUAGAGCAGACAUUUAUAUGCAGUGAAGAAUUAAUUAAAAAUACUUUUUGAUGUUUAUGGAAACUGAUACCUUUUUUUAGUAUCCCCACACUCACUGGGGAUAAUUUUAAUUCACAUUUGAAACUGUCUACAUUUUAUCUGAUAGCAGUGUCUUCAAGGCACAUAUGUAUAUUGGAUUUAUGUUGUGAUUUCUUACAAAAUGCUUAACUAGUAAAACUUCUAAAAUCUUAAUUUUACUCUAAAGCCUGGCUUAUAGUAUUCUUGAGCCAUUAGUUUGACAAAGCACUGAAACGAUACUUCUGUUGCAUUACUGAAAAGCUUAGAUAAUUGUGGCAGGGGACUUGUUGAAUAUAAGUGUUUUUCCUCUUCAAAAAUUUUUAUUUAAAUUUCUUAGCAUAAUUUGGGUACAGAAUUAAGGUAAAAUAUUUUUUCUUACAUGUGAGGAAGCAAAAAGCCUCUAAUAAUGGCAUUGCCAUUCUGAUGUGAGCUCAUCAGAGUACCAUAUGACAUGAGCUUAAGGCCCUGAUCAGUCUUAAUGAAAUAAGCUUUAUAAAAAUUUUUUUUUUCUGAAACCCCAGUUGGCCCAGGGACCGCUUUACAGAGCUCCAGCCUUGGACUUUCACCUAUGAUCAGUCAUAUUCUUCUCCAGGGUUUAUACUUGUUAAGUCAAUAUUAAAACACAGAAAACACCCCCCCCACCCCGAUUUUGUUCACUUUUGUUUUCAUAUACAAGAAUCUUUACAGUCAACAUGUACUUCUAGAUGCUGUAUUGAAAUUGCUGGCAGAGUCUAUUCUAUACAAACUGAACAAUCUGGCCCCUUGUUUUAUUUGUAAAGGUUCAAUGUAUCUAUGCCUGCCUACUUCAGUCUGCAAGGGAGUGUCAGAAAGGCCCCGCAUUCGCCGAGCCGAGAUACUACUCGUCAACGAAUCAAAUUCAGUGAUGACAGAGUAUGCAAGAGUCACCUUCUCAACUGUUGCCCCCAUGAUGUCCUGUCUGGAACUAGAAUGGAUCUUGGAGAAUGUCUGAAAGUCCAUGACCUGGCUUUAAGAGCAGAUUAUGAAAUCGCAUCCAAAGAACAAGAUUUUUUCUUUGAACUUGAUGCUAUGGAUCAUCUGCAGUCAUUCAUUGCAGAUUGUGAUAGAAGAACAGAAGUGGCUAAGAAAAGAUUAGCAGAGACUCAAGAAGAAAUUAGUGCUGAAGUUGCAGCGAAGGCAGAACGUGUUCAUGAGUUAAAUGAAGAAAUUGGUAAAUUGUUGGCCAAAGUGGAGCAGCUAGGAGCCGAAGGAAAUGUGGAGGAAUCCCAGAAAGUUAUGGAUGAAGUGGAAAAAGCACGGGCAAAAAAAAGAGAAGCAGAGGAAGUUUAUCGGAAUUCUAUGCCAGCUUCCAGUUUCCAACAGCAGAAACUUCGAGUCUGUGAAGUUUGCUCUGCCUAUUUAGGUCUUCAUGAUAAUGACAGACGACUGGCUGAUCAUUUUGGGGGUAAACUGCACCUGGGAUUUAUUGAAAUAAGAGAGAAGCUUGAAGAAUUAAAGAGAGUUGUAGCUGAGAAGCAGGAGAAAAGAAACCAGGAGCGCCUGAAGAGAAGAGAAGAAAGGGAGAGAGAAGAAAGGGAGAAGCUGAGGAGGUCUCGAUCACAUAGCAAGAAUCCUAAAAGAUCCAGGUCCAGGGAGCAUCGCAGACAUCGGUCUCGCUCCAUGUCACGAGAACGGAAAAGGAGAACUCGAUCCAAAUCCCGGGAGAAACGCCAUCGCCACAGGUCCCGCUCCAGCAGCCGUAGUCGCAGCCGCAGCCACCAGAGAAGUGGGCACAGUUCUAGAGACAGGAGCAGAGAGCGAUCGAGGAGGAGAUCCUCAAAAGAAAGAUUCAGAGACCAAGACUUAGCAUCACGUGACAGAGACAGGAAUUCAAGAGACAGAUCACCUCGUGACAGAGAUCGAAAAGAUAAGAAGCGGUCCUAUGAGAGCGCUAAUGGCAGAUCAGAAGACAGGAGGAGCUCUGAAGAGCGCGAAGCAGGGGAGAUAUAAUUAGCUGUGUCCAUAUCCUCAAUCCUUAAGCUUCUUCUGGAGUUACAUACUAUUGUUUAGUUGACAGCUGUUCGGGCUGACACAGUGAGCAGUUCCAGACACCGAUCCAGCUAGGCUAGGUGUACAGCAUCUAACUCAGUCUGUACUUGUUUUCUUUGAUGAAGCCUAAAACUACAUCCAUAGUUUCUGGUGAACCUGUAAUACACUUCUGAAAGUCCAGUUUUAUAUAAUAAGACACAGAUGUCUUUAUUCUUUCUAGUAGGACUGAUAGUGAGUGAAUUGUGUUACUUGCCUUGGGAUUUUUUGAACAUUUUUAAAAUGCUGUCUUCCUCUCUACUCCCAAACAACAGCAACUUUGGGUAUUUCUUUUUAAUCCUUCUUCCUUUGACUCUAUAUCCCCUGACACUUCUACCCUCUAGUGGUAAGAGAAAGGGGUACAAGGAAGCAAUAUAACUUCUGUUCUAAGGUUCUAUUCCCAUUAUUAAUUACUAGCUGAUUACAGUUCAAAACAUUUAUACUGGAAUGUGUGCUGGAGAAAUUUAAAAUAUGAGUUUUGUUUGUCUAACGGUGCCUAUUUUAGAGUUGGAAGUUGAACAGCUGUUGCAUUACAUACUUUGCUUUUUUUAUUGAAAUUUUGAAAUCAAACAUGUCUUGAUUUUUCUGUUCUUCUUGAAUAGCUACAUUCAGGAUGUUUUGAGAUGGGGGGUGGGGGCAGGGACUUUCAUAAGCACUUGUUUUAUUUUGUGUGUGUGGAGUACAAGGAUGACACCCUAAUUGUAAAAAAAUAAUAAAGUGAAAGAAUCACCACCACCAUCAUUAAACUGUAACUUGUCUAGUAAAUUGUCACUAGAGCUAUUUGCGGUGGCCAUUUCUAUUCUGUUAUUAUAGUGCCUUACUGUGCAAGGCACCAAAGGAAAUAAAUAUAUACUUAACAAAGAUUCAAGAUGAAUUGUUGCUCCACCUGGGCCCUUGCUGAUUAUAUUCCAGCUGCUUCAGGACUGUAACAACCACUGUAGAGGAGGACCAGACCUGCAGAAGAAAUUGGGUUUGUUUGUUUUGUUUUUCUUCACAUUGAGCAAACUGAAAUAAAAACAUGGUGUAACCAGUGUAAAGAGACUUAA